UCCGCCGCUCUUAAGCCACGAUGGCCUGGGCGAAAGGCUAUGGAUGACUCCGCUAGCAAUAACGGCAACUUUCGUGUCAGCGUCACGUUUUGUCAGGAAAUGUGUUCCUAAGGGCAUCCCAAAGUCAUUAAACUGUGGCUGCGUGAUUAAAGUUACUGCUAUGUGUUACGUGAUAUGGAUACGUGAUACACUUAACGUCAUUCGUCAUCAGUAAUGUUGAAGUCAACUGGAACUUUGAAGUAUCAUUAUAUCCUACAAACAUAGCUGGGCCAUUAGGCUAGAAAUAUAUUUCAGACCAAGGCUACAUACAGCAGUUAGUUGCAAACUGGAAUAGUUAAGUUCACCAUGGCGCAACGGGAAAACUUGAACGUUUCACUGUGCCCCCUUAGCACCCGCCAAGACCUGAUCGAGUCAUGUGCCGAGCUUAUAAAGAUCACGUGGCCGUGCAGCAAACCCGAGAGACUGCACCGAAUGGCGGCAGAGGAGACCAGCGGCCUACCAUGCUGUCUAGUCCUCAUCGAGCACAGGGAGGACGCCCCGGAUGCAGUGAUCGGGCAUACACGGUUUGUUAAGGUGAUGAGUCCUGAAACGCCUCCAAGUGCAUACGUCGAGGCCUUCUGCAUACAUCCAUCCAAGCGAGGUUUAGGUCUCGGGUCCAGGAUGCUGGACCUGGCUGAGCGCCAUACAUUCAAGAACUUUGGAUGUAAGCAAAGCUUUCUAAUAUGCCACGAAUCCCUGAUGGAUUUCUACAAACGGAUUUCAUAUCAGCUAUACCCGGUGUUGAAGCUUGAAACAGUGGGCGCCAAUUUGCUGUCACAUUUUGAUGGAGCUGCCACGUGGUACGGAAACAAGCCCCGGAAGGGCUGGGAAUUCGUGUACAGUGACGGCCCACACGCCUCUAAAGAAGACAUGGAAAUGAGAAUAUUCGGCCAUCUGACAAUGAGGAAAUAUUUGAAAGAUUAUUAUUAAAUAUUGACUUUCCCAAAGAAGUGCUCAUUUGAAAACGAAAAGUAACUCAGUCCUAGUUUGAUUACUAUCGCACAUACCACCGGUAAUUGCAAACUGGAAUAGUUAAGUUCACCAUGGCGCAACGGGAAAACUUGAACGUUUCACUGUGCCCCCUUCACACCCGCCAAGACCUGAUCGAGUCAUGUGCCGAUCUUAUAAAAAUCACGUGGCCGUGGAGCAAACCAGAGAGACUGCACCGAAUGGCGGCAGAGGAGACCAGCGGCCAUGGGCGUCGCCAGGAU